UCUAAUUUUCCCACUUGUGUUCCCCGUCGGUGGUCGGCAGAUUUCUAAUCCGCACCGGCGAAUCUGGUGGAAAUGGGUUCAGUUGCGCGGCCGGAGGAGACAAUUUUCCGAUCUAAGCUACCGGACAUCGAGAUCAACAACAAUAUUCCUCUGCACACCUACUGCUUCAAGCGGCUCGCGGAGUUCGCCGACCGGCCGUGCGUCAUCGAUGGCGCCACCGGUACCGUGCUCACCUACGCCCAAGUGGAAGCCUCCGCCCGCCGAUUUGCGGCGGGGCUGCAUAGCGUCGGCAUCGGGCGGGGAGAUGUGUUCAUGAUCUUACUUCGUAACUCGGUAGAGUUCGUCAUCGCGUUCCUCGCCGCCUCCUUCGGGGGGGCCGUCGCCACCACGGCGAAUCCGUUCUACACUCCUGGAGAGAUCCACAAGCAGGCGGAUGGUUCCGGCGCGCGCCUUAUACUCACUGAGUCCUGCUAUGUGGACAAGAUCCGUGACUACGCGGCAGAUCACGGCGUCACUAUCGUUGCGGUCGGCGAUUGGCCUGUCCCUGAUGGCUGCCACGCCUUCGCCGACCUUCUGGCUUGCGACGCCGGGGCGCUGCCGGCGGUCGAGUUCGAUCCCGACGACGUGGUGGCGCUGCCAUACUCGUCGGGCACCACCGGGCUGCCUAAGGGCGUGAUGCUGACCCACCGCAGCCUGGUCACCAGCAUCGCCCAGCAAGUGGACGGCGAAAACCCCAACCUCAACUUCCGUCCCGACGACGUCCUCCUCUGCGUCCUCCCCCUCUUCCACAUCUACUCCCUCAACUCUGUCCUCCUCUGCAGCCUCCGCGUCGGCGCCGCCAUCCUCAUCCUGCGUCGGUUCGAGGUCGGUCCGCUGCUGGAGCUGGUCCAGCGCUUCAGGAUCACAAUCGCGCCCCUGGUGCCGCCCAUCGUCCUGGAGUUCGUGAAGAGCCCGCUCGUCGACAGCUUCGAUCUCUCAUCGAUAAGAAUGGUCAUGUCCGGCGCCGCCCCCAUGGGCAAGGAGGUUGAGGAAAAAUUCAUGGCUAAGCUUCCCAAUGCCAGGCUGGGCCAGGGCUAUGGGAUGACGGAAGCCGGGCCGGUGCUGUCGAUGUGCUUGGCAUUUGCCAAGCACCCAUUCGAGGUGAAGUCCGGCGCCUGCGGAACCGUCGUGAGGAACGCCGAGAUGAAGAUCGUCGACCCAGAGACGGGGGCGGCGUUGGGGCGGAACCAGCGAGGCGAGAUCUGCAUCAGAGGCGCCCAAAUCAUGAAAGGUUAUAUCAAUGAUCCAGAGGCAACAAGGAACACCAUCGACAAGGAUGGGUGGCUGCACACCGGGGAUGUCGGUUACGUGGACAACGACGAUGAGGUCUUCAUCGUCGACCGGCUCAAGGAAAUCAUCAAAUACAAAGGCUUCCAGGUCGCCCCGGCUGAGCUUGAAGCACUACUCGUUACCCACCCUAAAAUUGCCGAUGCAGCUGUUGUCCCGAUGAAAGAUGAAGUUGCUGGGGAAGUUCCUGUCGCUUUUGUCGUGCGGUCCAAUGGCUCAAAAAUUACCGAAGAUGAGAUCAAGCAGUACAUCUCCAGACAGGUGGUUUUCUACAAAAGAAUCAGCAAGGUUUUCUUCACUGAAGUCAUCCCCAAGGCACCAUCCGGCAAAAUCUUGAGAAAGGAUCUGAGAGCCAAGCUAGUUGAGAAAUUCCCCAUCGGUCCGUUUCCGUGAUUGUUGCCCCGGACCGCUAAUUGGACCGUCGUCCACGACCACAGAUACAUAAUCUAUACUCCCCUAGAUGCUGUGUCACAUUCCUCACAGAAUACGCGCUUCCAAAAUGAAACACAGCUAAGAAUUCUUUGCACCUUGUUCACUUGUAUUCGGUAUAGCACUAUUUGGUCUUUCUUCUCCAUCUUUAAUAGAUAUAUAUUUAUAUUCUACAUUUGUGAUGUUUUAUAGCAUUGAUGUGGGUAUAUAUAAGUUAUACAAUAUUUCUUGUUACAGUUGGUAUGGUCAGUUUGUUGGCUAUAGGAUAUUUCACUUGUAAAAAUACUUGUUUUAAUUAAUUGAACAAUUGCAAUAGCUUUUAUCUACUUG